AUGGGACGGGGUAGCAAACGACCCGAAUCCGAAACGGAAGAAGGGCAAUGGGAAGAUGACGACCCGCCGCCGGCCGAAGGGGGGGGUCGUUCGCCGCUGGCCCGCCGGCCCACCUCGGGCUCCCGCUCACCGGGCUCAUCGCGUCCGGAUAAUGAGGGGGAUGUGAUCUCCUCGGACGAGGAUUUCCCCGGCCCACCCGCCCGAUCGGCGCCCCGCCCACGCCCACGGCGAUCCUCCCGGAAAUCCUCGGAUUCGGCCGAGGAUUCUGAAGAUUCGGCCGAUUCGGCCCACGCCCCUGGAUGGCAUCGGAAACGCGUCAAGGACAAGAAGAAGCGGAAGAAGAGCAAGAAAGACAAGAAGAAGAAGAAGAAGCGCAAACACGCCCACGGCGAGGCACCGCGGAGUCAUUCCGCCUCCGGCCAGCGUCGCCAAAGAUCGCGUCAUUCCGAGGAUUCCAGCCAGGACCGGGUGAUUGUGUCGUCCGAUGCGGCUGAAGCCACGGAUCGGGAAGGCGGGUCCACGCCCGAGGUCGCCGAAAGAGAAGAAGAGAUCGAGACCGCCGUGCCCGUGAUCGCCACGCGACGCCGAGCCACGGCCGCGGAUUUCUUUCAGGAGGAGGAACCGGAGCCGCGUCGAGAUCGAUCGCGCUCGCGACCCGCCCCUCGGCGGCCCAGCCGUUCCCGAGAACGGGCCCAUCGGGGCUCGCGGCGCGAAGAACGAGCUCAACCUCGAUCGCGGGAAGAGCGGACGCGGGAGCGGGAGCGAGAACGAGAGCCGCGGGAGCUCAAAGCGGCGUCGCCUCCGCCCAAGGCCCCGGCACCAGAGGGCGGGUCGCAGAAGAUCUUGUCCAUGUCAGUGGCUGAAAGCAACGCCCUGCGCGCCUCCCUGGGAUUGGCCCCUUUGAAGGAGAAGAACGCGGUGGACCCGAACGGCACCCGUGAAGAGAGGCGCGAACACAAAGCCCGUGAAGAGUUCGCCCGCGCGCAAGGCGGGACGCUCAUCCCCAAUUCGACCAAACACGAGAUCCACAAAGCUCCGGAGAAUUUGUCCCAGAAAACGCAUGCCGAGAAAUUGCGCGAACGAAUUCAAGAGCGGAAGAAGAAACGCGAGAUGGAAGCGCGGUUAUUGGCCAUCAAGAAACUGGGCGACUCGGAUUCGGACGAGGAUCGUCGGGGUUCCAGCUCCAAUUGGGUGGAGCGGCAGAAGAAGAUUCAGGCGGAAAAGGCGGCAGCGCUAAAACGGGCCCGGAUGUUGGAGGAGCUGGAGGAUGAUUUUGGCGUGGGCCACCUAGUGCAAGAAGCCGUGGCGCAAGAUCGAGCCGGGGCUUAUGGUAAGAAGGAUUUGUCGGGCUUGAAGGUGGAACACUCGGCCGAGAAUUUCGCGUCGGGUCGGGAUGUGAUCUUAACCUUGAAGGACUCGGAUGUGUUGGACGCCUCGGCUGAAGACACCCUAGUCAAUGUGAAUAUUAUGGAUGACGAGCGCACCAAGAAGAAGCUGGAAGAGGUCAAGAAGGCCAAGGUCGGCUAUAACGCCUACGAUCAGGAAGAAGUGGACGAGCUCACUGGCGAGCUCAAACGCAAGAAUAUGUUGGACAAGUAUGACGAGGAAAUCGAAGGCGAGCAACGCACUUCCUUCAAGAUCGGUCACGAAGGCGACUACAACGAGGAGGAGCAAAUCGAACGCCAACGCCAGAAGAUCCGCGAGAAAUUGAAUGCGGCCAAAAGAUUGGAGUCGCUCGCGUUGCCCGAGCUCAAAGUGGCCUCGGAUUAUUACACCUCGGAAGAAACGGCCCAAUUCAAGAAGCCCAAGAAGAAACGCAAGGUCAAGAAACGCAUCCUUCGAGCCGACGACUUGUUGGCCGAUCUCGAGGCAGAUUCGAGUGCCAAUAAGAAGCCGUCCAAGAGUCCAGCCCCAAUGGAUCGAUCCAGUAAAGGUGCCCUACCCAUGGAUUUGGACGAGGAUGUCGAGAUCAAGUUCGAGGCGGAUCUCGAUGACGUCAAACUAGAGGAUGAGGGCGAUAUGGGUCUCGAGGCUGCCCUCAACCGUGCUCGUAAACUCAAACAGAAGCGAGAAAAUACCGAUGUAGCGGAACAAAUCCUGGAAGAAAUCAAAGCCGAACCGAAAGUGAAGCAGGAGACCGAGGAGGAUCUCACCGGAUCCGAACUCAUCGGCACCUUCGAGGAGGAAGAAGAUGGUCACCAAAGCCAGUUUGGCAAGCCCCUUAUCAUGAAUGAGACCGUCGAGUUCUGCCGCAAUUUGGGCGCCCGCCAGUUCAACGAUCAAUUCGAGCGUGGCCAGAAGAUCAAGCAAGAAUCCUCUGUGUCCAAAGAUCUCCUUGAGUUCGAGGAAUCCCUCACCUCCGCAGCGGGAUCCAGUGGCAUUGCCGAUCGAUCCUCCACCAAAGAGCCGCAUCAACGGGGUCAAUGGGAAGAGGUGGACAACAACGAUGACGAUUCGGACUUUGAGCGCGACAUGAAAAUGGACGUGGAUUCCCAUGGGGAGGAUGACAUGAACAAUGCGGCCAUUUUGGAGGAGGAGCCCGACCUUCAAAGCGGCGUGGCUGCCGCGAUCCAGUUAGCCAAUAGCAAAGGCUAUUGGGAGAAGGAAGAAAAGAAAGCCACGGGGAGUAACCUGAAGCAUCUCAUGGCGAAGAACUACUCAAUCGACGAUAAGAUGCGCAUGGACGAUGAGCGUGGUGGGCGGAGAGGCGAUCGUUAUGGGGGAGGCGGUCCCUCGCAGCCAUUUCAAGAGAAGGCCAACUAUGUGCCCAAUGUUCAGCUCGAGUAUAUCGAUGACGGUGGGCGGCUCAUGAACCAAAAGGAGGCCUUCCGAUACCUCAGCCAUAAGUUCCAUGGGAAAGGCUCGGGCAAGAUGAAGACUGAAAAGCGAAUGAAGAAGGUCAUGGAGCAGAGUCUGAUGAUGAAUAUGUCCAGUACGGAUACGCCGCUGCAGACUGUCGAAAAGCUGAAGAAGAAACAGAAGGAGUCGGCCACACCCUAUUUGGUUCUCUCCGGUAACAAGAUCAACCCUCAAGAUUUAAAGAAGUGAGCAAUGUACCACGCAAUUCCCCAUGAAAACAUUUCAUAAAUACAUUCAGUUUCAACUUUU